GCUUCAAAGUCUCGUUGUUCUAGAUUCGUAGCCCAACAACAAAGUCCGUCUGAUCUUCACUGGAAAUAAAAAGUAAAACAUCUUCCAAAUUAACUCGUUCAAUUUUCGUGGCAAUCAGGGUUUCUCUUCCUGAUUUUAUCAUCUUCUUUCCUUCCAGUUUUGAAAGUUCAUAGCUGUGGGAAAAUGCAAAGAGGGAGAAGAGGCAGGGAUCCUUUCUUUAAUUUUGGGGAUCCUUUUGCUGGGUUCGGAGGUUUUGAUGAUAGCUUCGGGGGACCCAGGAGUUUGAUGUCUAGUUUCUUUGGCGGAAGGGAUCCAUUUGAUGAUCCCUUCUUCACAAGUCCUUUUGGCGGCAUGCCUGAGUCAAACUUCUUUGGUUCUACGGGGAGUCCUUUCCUUCAUAUGCAACCAUCUACUAUUAUUGAGAAUCAACUUCCAGAGCCUAAAAGGUCAAGGGGGCCAGUUAUAGAAGAGCUUAACUCUGAUGAUGAAAAAGAAGAAGCUGUUGAAGAGAAGAAAGAAAAUCCUAGGAAGCAUGGAAGGUCUAGUACAGGGCCUAUUGUUGAGGAUCCACACGAUGUAGUUGAAGGAGGAAGGAACAAGCAUUUGCAAUACAGCAGUGAUUAUAGUCUGUUUAAUGGUGCACAGCCGCAGCCCCAGUCUCAGUCUCAUAGCUUCACCUUUUCAAGCUCUACUGUUUCUUAUGGUGGUGCCAAUGGAGCUUACUAUACUUAUUCUAAUACAAGGAGGACAGGAAGUGAUGGUGUGAGUAGUUUUAAUGAUCACAAAGUUGGACUAUUUUUGGUCAGUUGCUUUUUAUAUUCACGAACAUUUGUCAAUGAUGUUUUACAGUUGGCAAUUGAAGAAAACAAAGAAGCUGAUAGUGCUAGCAGGCAAGCAACUCACAAGAUUUCUCGGGGACUUCACAACAAGGGUCAUUCUGUUACAAGAAAGCUUAAUUCUGAUGGUAAGGUGGACACACUUCAGACUCUGCACAACCUGAAUGAAGAUGAACUUGUUGAUUUUGAGAAAGCCUGGGAUGGAAAUGCUAGAAAGCACUUACGUGGAUGGACUGGUCAUAUCAGUGGUCAUAACAACAUGGUUGCUGGAGGAAGUAACAGUGGAUGGAAUGAGGAAGCAAGUCGGGGAGGUUGGGCACUUCCUUCCACAGAGCGAUCACAGAACAUAGCUGACAGACCUGGAUCGACGUCACGCACACAGCCUAUGAUGUUCAAAAAUUCAUCACAUGUUAGGGGAAGGAUGGGACAUCCAGGAGGAAGUUCCAGGGACUAAAGCUGGGAAGCAAGAUAAGAUUGUGUUGGAGAGGGUGGAUCUUUCGAUUUUACUUGUGUGCUUUUAAAUAAAAGCCUUUACAUAUUAGUUGCAUGCUAUCUAAUUCAGUUGGUAGAAAAAAUUUAUGCUGGAAGUUGUUUUCUACACGUUUAUAGGACAGCACCUGUUUAAGUUGUCAUACUCUACGCACAAUAUUAUGCAUAUAUGAACAUUUUAUUAUUACAAA